AAAGAGGAAGCGUAAGGGGGAGGAUCCCAACUCUACGCCACUCUCUCUCUCCUCGACGAGUCCGUCGCUCCCCACCGGUAUCAACCUACCUACCUACCCAACCUACACACACUCACACACACAUACAUAUAAAAAAACAUUUUCAAUUCCAACUCUCCAAUCUCCAUUUCCACACUUCCCUUCUCUCUCUCUCUCUCUCUCUCUCUCUCUCAAACGUACCUAGUCUCUCUCUAUGGAAGCAGCAUCCCCAUCUCUCUCCCGCAUAGGUCUGGCCGGACUGGCCGUAAUGGGCCAAAACCUAGCUCUGAACAUCGCCGACAAAGGGUUCCCAAUCUCCGUCUACAACCGCACCAACUCCAAAGUGGACGAAACCCUGGAUCGCGCCCACCGCGAAGGCGACCUCCCUCUCACCGGCCACUACACCCCUCGCGACUUCGUCCUAUCUCUCCAAAAACCCCGUUCCAUCAUCAUCCUCGUCAAGGCCGGCUCUCCCGUCGACCAAACCAUCUCCGCCCUCUCCUCCCACAUGGACCCCGGCGACUCCAUCAUCGACGGCGGCAACGAAUGGUACCAAAACACCGAACGCCGCAUCCGCCAAGUCUCCGAUCAAGGCCUCCUCUAUCUCGGCAUGGGCGUCUCUGGAGGCGAAGAGGGUGCUCGAUAUGGUCCUUCUUUGAUGCCUGGUGGCUCCUACCAAGCGUAUCUCAAUAUUGAAGAUAUUGUGAGGAAAGUUGCCGCUCAAGUUGAGGAUGGUCCUUGUGUGACCUAUAUUGGGGAAGGAGGGUCUGGGAAUUUCGUGAAGAUGGUUCAUAAUGGAAUUGAGUAUGGUGAUAUGCAGUUGAUUUCGGAGGCUUAUGACGUGUUGAAGAGUGUUGGGGGUUUGUCGAAUGAUGAAUUGGGAGAGAUUUUUAGGGAGUGGAAUAGAGGGGAGCUUGAGAGUUUUUUGAUUGAAAUUACGGCUGAUAUAUUCAUGGUGAAGGAUGAGUAUGGAGAUGGGGAAUUGGUGGAUAAGAUUUUGGAUAAGACUGGGAUGAAGGGGACCGGGAAAUGGACUGUCCAGCAGGCCGCGGAGCUUUCGGUAGCUGCUCCCACGAUUGCAGCCUCGUUGGAUUGUCGGUAUUUGAGCGGGUUGAAGGAAGAGCGAGAGGCGGCCGCGGAGGUGUUGAGGGAAGCGGGUUUGAAGGAGGAGGUUGGGGCUGUGAGGAGUGGGAUUGAUAAGAAGAGGUUGAUUGAUGAUGUGAGGCAGGCUUUGUAUGCUUCCAAGAUUUGUAGCUAUGCUCAAGGGAUGAACUUGUUGAGAGCAAAGAGUGUUGAGAAGGGUUGGAAUUUGAAUUUUGGGGAAUUAGCUAGGAUUUGGAAAGGUGGGUGUAUUAUCAGAGCUGUGUUUUUGGACCGGAUUAAGAAGGCGUAUCAGCGGAAUCCGAAUUUGGCAAGCUUGGUGGUGGACCCGGAGUUUGCGAGGGAGAUGGUGCAGAGACAGGCGGCGUGGAGGAGAGUGGUGGGUUUGGCGAUUUCAGCCGGGAUUAGUACACCGGGGAUGUGUGCUAGUCUUGCUUACUUUGAUACUUAUAGGAGGGCUAGGCUUCCUGCAAAUCUUGUUCAGGCUCAGAGGGACUUGUUUGGGGCACAUACCUAUGAGAGGAUUGAUCGCCCUGGUUCGUUUCAUACAGAAUGGACAAAGCUUGCUAGAAAAAGUAACACCCGUGUUGCUGCUCUCAAUUGAGCUGUUUUUCAAUUGUUCCAUCACUUGUUUGCACAUUGGGUGUUGUUAUUGAUGUUUCUAUUGAAUUCAAGUUGCAUCUUUUGCUUUGGAUUCCCUGCUUAGGCAUAUCAACUGUUGUUUUAGCCUCGCAGUCUUUUCUUUUCUUUUUUUGAUGCUAAUAACUGAUGCAUGCCUUCAGAGUAUUACCUGCUUCAGUGUUUCCAAAUGAUUUCUUGCAAGUGCAGGUGAGAAGAUGAGCUUUUCCUUGUUCUUCCUUGAA